AUGGACGCCAUCCUCGUCGACGACAGCCGCAAGGCUCCCGGCGACUGGUCUCCCCAGGCAUGUCGCACCGUCGCAACCGAGCUCACAAACGCACUCGACCUCGGCCCAAACCGCACCGCCGUCAUCGAGGCGCUCGUCUUCAUCCACUUUAGCGUGUACAACUUUGCAGAGCGGCUGCGCCGCAGGCAGGGUCGCAGGUACCACCAGUCCCCGCGCCACUUUCUCAGCUUCAUCGAAUACUACGUAAACGUAUCCCAGCAGAAGCGCGCAGAGCUCGAGGACCAGCAGCGCUUCCUCCUCGUCGGCCUCGACAAGCUAAAGGCCACCGUAGACCAGGUCGAGGAGCUCCAAAAGAGCCUCGCCGUAAAGCGAACCCAGCUCGAGGCAAAAAACGCAGAGGCAAACGACAAGCUGCAGAGCAUGGUCAAGGACCAGCAAGAGGCAGAGCAGAAGCAGGCCGCCUCCAUACAGCUCCAGGCCGUCCUCGAGAAAAAGGAGCUCGAAAUCAGCGAGCGCAGGGAAGUCGUCCUGGCAGACCUCAACGCCGCCGAACCCGCCGUCCGAGAGGCUCAGGCAUCCGUCAGCAACAUCAAGAAGCAGCACCUCACAGAGGUCCGCUCCAUGGCAAACCCGCCCCUGCCCGUCAAGAACGCCAUGGAGUCGGUCUGCAUCAUCCUCGGUCACAAGAUCGACAGCUGGAAGACGGUCCAGGGCAUCAUCCGCCGCGACGACUUCAUCGCCUCGAUUGUCAACUUCGACACCGACCGACAGAUGACGCGCCAGAUCCGCGAAAAGAUGCGCCGCGACUACCUCGACAAGCCCGAGUACAACUACGAGACCAUCAACCGCGCCAGCAAGGCCUGCGGCCCGCUGGCAAAGUGGGUCAUUGCGCAGGUCCAGUACUCGAGCAUCCUCGACCGCGUCGGCCCGCUCCGCGACGAGGUCAACUCGCUCGAGCGCGAGGCGGGAGUCACAAAGCACCAGGCCGAGGAGAUUGUCGACAUGAUUGCCGACCUCGAGGCCAAGAUUGCUCGCUACAAGGACGAGUACGCCGCCCUCAUCAGCGAGACCCAGGCCAUCAAGGGCGAGAUGGAGCGUGUCCAGAACCGCGUGUCGCGCAGCAUGCAGCUCCUCGACAGCCUGUCGUCCGAGCAGGAGCGCUGGGAGACGGGCAGUCGCACAUUCGACGACCAGAUGAGCACCAUUGUCGGCGACGCCCUCCUCUCGGCCGCCAUGCUGGCCUAUGCCGGCUUCUUCGACCAGCAGUACCGCGAGUCGAUGUGGCACUACUGGAGCCUCCACCUCGCCGAGGCCGACGUCAAGUUCAAGCCCGAGCUCUCGUUUGCCGACUACCUCUCGACGGCCGACGAACGGAUAGAGUGGCAGUCGAGGUCGCUGCCCGCCGACACCCUCUGCACCGAAAACGCCAUCAUGCUCAAGCGCUGGAACCGGUACCCGCUCAUCAUCGACCCCUCGGGCCAGGCCACGUCGUUCCUGCUCAACGAGUACAAGUCGCAGAAGCUCACCGUCACCAGCUUCCUCGACGACGCCUUCCUAAAGGCCCUCGAGAGCUCGCUGCGCUUCGGCAAUCCGCUCCUCAUCCAGGACGUCGAGAACCUAGACCCGGUCCUUAACCCGGUGCUCAACAAGGAGCUGCGCAGGACCGGCGGCCGCGUCCUGAUCCGCCUCGGCAGCCAGGACAUCGACUUUUCGCCCUCGUUCAACAUGUUUCUCUCGACGCGCGACCCCUCGGUCGAGUUCUCGCCCGACAUCUGCAGCCGCGUGACGUUUGUCAACUUCACCAUGACCCGCGGCAGCCUGCAGAGCCAGUCGCUCGACCAGGUGCUCAAGGUCGAGCGCCCAGACACCGACAAGAAGCGCACCGACCUCAUGAAGCUGCAGGGCGAGUUCCGCCUGCGGCUGCGCCACCUCGAGCGCUCGCUGCUGACGGCGCUCAACGAGUCCAAGGGCAACAUCCUCGACGACGACAACGUCAUCGACACGCUCGAGACGCUCAAAAAGGAGGCCGCCGAGGUGACGUCCAAGGUCGAGGAGACCGAGGCCGUCAUGCAGGAAGUCGAGCAGGUCACGGCCGAGUACGUGCCGCUCGCCAAGGCGUGCAGCUCCGUCUUCUUUGUCCUCGACCAGCUCAACCUCAUCUCGCACUUCUACCAGUUCUCGCUGCGCUUCUUUCUCGACAUCUUCGACUACAUCCUCCGCCGCAACCCGCACCUCGACGGCGUCAGGGACCCCAAGCAGCGCCUCGAGAUCCUCAUGCGCGACCUCUUUCUCGUCGUCUUCCGCCGCACCAGCAAGGCGCUCGCCCACCACGACCACAUCAUGCUCGCCAUGCUGCUGGCGCAGAUCAAGGCCCGCGAAGGCGGCGAGGCCGAGACGCUCGACGGCGACGAGUACGAGUUCCUUCUCGAGGGCGGCAGCGUCGGCAUCCGCGUCGGCUCCGAGACCCCGCGCGGCGGCGACGGCAACGUCGAGGCGAUGCUCGACCCGGACCAGCUGGCGCGCGUCCAGGCCUUUAAGAAGCUCUCGUUCUUCGGGGCCAUCGAGGAGAACAUGGAGUCGCACCCGGACGAGUGGCUGGUCUUCCUCGGGUCCAACAGCCCCGAGACGGUGGUGCCGCGCUUCUGGCAGGGCGAGACCGUCGGCCAGCUGGGCGACAUGGUGCGCAAGAUGCUCGUCGUCAAGUGCCUGCGGCCCGACCGCAUCGUCCAGGCCAUGGCCGCCUUCACCUCGCACGUCUUCGGCCAGGACGUGCUGGGCGAGCCCGGAUACGACCUGGGCCAGAUUGUCGACGAGGAGGUCGACGCCAGCACGCCCAUCGCCCUGUGCUCGGUGCCCGGCUACGACGCCAGCUACCGGGUCGACAACCUGGUCAAGCUGGUGGGCGCGCGGUGCACGCCCGUGGCCAUGGGCUCGCAGGAGGGCUUCGCCCUGGCCGACCACGCCAUCACGGCGGGCGCCCGGACGGGCAACUGGGUGCUGCUCAAGAACGUCCACCUGGCGCCGAGCUGGCUGUCGCAGCUCGAGAAGAAGAUGCACAGCCUCCAGCCCAACCGCAACUUCCGCCUCUUCCUCACGUGCGAGACGAGCCCGUCGAUCCCGGUCAACUUCCUGCGCGCCUCGCGCAUCCUGAUGAAUGAGCCGCCGCCGGGCAUCCGCGCCAGCAUGCUCGACAGCCUGCGCGGCAUCGCGCCCAGCCGCCUGCAGCGCGGACCCGCCGAGACGCCGCGGCUCUUUUUCCUGCUGGCCUUUUUCCACGCCACCUUGACCGAGCGCCUGCGGUACACGCCGCUGGGCUGGUCGAAGCCGUUCGAGUUCAACGACUCUGACGCCGAGACGGCGCUCGACACCAUCGAGGGAUGGGUGAUGCAGAUCGCAAAGGGCCGCUCCAAUGUCGACCCGGCCAGCAUCCCCUGGGACGCCAUCCGCUCGCUGCUCAAGCAGAGCGUCUACGGCGGCAAGAUCGACAACGAUCCGGACCAGACGCUGCUCGACUCGUUUGUCGACGAGCUCUUCUCGCCCGCCGCCUACGAGACGGGAUUUGCGCUGGUCAAGGACGACAAGGACCCGCUCAUUGCGCCCGAGGGCACCAAGAUGGACAGCUUCAUCUCGUGGGUCCUCGCGCUGCCCGAGCAGCAGCCGCCGCAGUGGCUCGCGCUGCCGCCGAGCGCGGAAAAGGUGAUUGCGGCGGCGCAGGGCACCGCGCUGCUCAACAAGCUCGUCAAGAUGAAGCACGAGCUGCCGGCCAAGGUGUCGGGGCUGCGCAAGGACGCCGACAGCAUCAGCGACCCGCUCUACCGCUUCUGGGCACGCGAGCACCGCUCGGGGGCGGCGCUGCUGGCCACGGUGCGCGAGGACCUGCAGUCGGUGAUUGCCGUGUGCGAUGGCGAGGCGCGGCAGACGAACCACAACCGGAUGCUGCUGACUGAGCUGCCAAAGGGGACGAUCCCGGCCAACUGGAAGCGGUACGCGGUGCCCAAGGCCAUGUCGCUCGCCAUCUGGAUCGUCGACCUCAAGGCGCGGCUCGAGCAGCUGGAGCGCGUGACAAAAGAGGACCGCUUCGACGCGUUCCCCGUCACGCUCGGGCUGCUGUUUGCGCCCGGCGCCUACCUGACGGCGACGAGGCAGGCCGUCGCACACCGGUCCGGCACGAGCCUCGAGAACCUGCGCCUCGACCUCGAGCUCAACACCCAGCAGGUCGGUGGCGGUGGCGACGAGGGCCAGGGCGGGCAGGGCAAGUUUGCGGUGCAGGGCCUCAAGCUGCAGGGCGCAGAGUGGACCGACGAUGCGGCGCUGGCGCUCAACGACGGUAGCACCAUUGGCCUGCGCACCUGCCGCCUGUCGUGGGUGGCUGCUCAGGGCGAGGCGGCGGCGGCGGCGGCCAAGGUGCCCAUCACCGUCUACCUCAACGAGGACCGCAGCCAUGCGCUCUUUUCCGUCGAGCUGCCCGCUCCCGGGCUGCAGGCGGCCACGGUGGCGCAGAGGGCUGUGGCCUUGAGAGCGUCGUAG